CUGAUGCUCAGUGUCACAGCGGAGGAGGACCGAGCCGCGCCUUUCCGCGCUCUCGCAGCAGAUCACUCCGCUCAGGUAACAACCCGCCCAAAGUAGACCGGAAGCGACGGAGGACCCGAUCGCAGGUGAGAGGUCGAACAGAAGAGGGAAGAAGCACCGGAGGAAUGGAGCCCCGACCGGACCCGAGCCGCUAAUUUCUUCUCAACUCGAACCGGAACCCGGAUCUACCGGAAGCCCGCCUUAACGCACGCGAGAAACCUCAGAAGAACAAAGUGUCUCCACAUUCUUCUGCUGGUGGUUUUGCUCAAGACUCAAGGAUCUAAGACCAAAGGGGGGGGGGGCGCUCCCCACGUCUGAUGGUCCCACCUACCUCCUCCCCACCAGAGAGGCCGAUGACAACCUAGACCCUUCCUCCCGUUCUCCAACGGCGCUCUGAUCCCCGACAUGGACAAGGACGGCGUGGACGAGGACGGCUGCAACGACACCCGCUCAGUCAGGUUCUUCUACGAGUUCAGCGGCAAGAACAUUAGCGACCACUGGCGGGACCGCGACUACGUCAUCGUGACCUUGGGCAUGACGGUGUCCUUCAUCGUCAUCUUCUCCAACCUCCUAGUCAUCGCCGCCAUUAUGAAGAACCGACGCUUUCACUUCCCCAUCUACUACCUGCUGGGGAACCUGGCUGUGGCAGACCUCUUUUCAGGCGUCUCUUACCUCCACCUGAUGUUCCACACCGGGCCCUGGACCAUCAAGCUGACCAAGGACCGGUGGUUCGUGCGCCAGGGCCUGAUCGACACCAGCCUGACGGCCUCCGUCCUCAACCUGCUGGCCGUGGCCGUUGAGCGCCACCAGACCAUCUUCAACAUGACGCUGCACAGCAAGAUGAGCACGCGCCGCGUCUUCAUCGUCAUGGUGCUCAUCUGGCUGGUGGCCAUCGUCAUGGGCCUUAUACCUACCAUGGGCUGGAACUGCCUGUGCAACCUGGACAACUGCUCCACCAUGGCGCCCAUGUACAGCCGCAGCUACCUGGUGUUCUGGGGCGUCCUCAACCUGCUGACCUUCUCCAUCAUGGUGGCCGUCUACACCCGCAUCUUCCUCUACGUCAGGCACAAGAGCCAGCAGAUGUCCCAGCACACGAGCCAGAGGAGACACCGCGAGACUGUCUUCAACCUGAUGAAGACCGUCUCUAUGAUCCUGGGCUGCUUCGUGCUGUGCUGGACCCCCGGCCUGGUCAUCCUGCUGCUGGAUGGCGUGGGCUACGAUGAAAGCGUGCUGCGGUUUGAGAAGUACUUCCUGGUUCUGGCAGAGUGCAACUCUCUGGUGAACCCGGUCAUCUACUCCUUCCGGGACAAAGACAUGCGGCGGACCUUCAAGGACAUCCUGUGCUACGUCUGCCGUCGCCACGGCGACCCCCCCGACAGCUCAGGGGUCCGCUUCCACACCAUGGAGCAAGAGAACUAUAAGUCUCGAGUUGCCGAGCCGACGGACCAGACCAACGGGAUUCUUCUCAUCCGUUCAUCAGAGGAGGCCACCACCUCAGAGGCCUGAUGCGAACCACCGGCAAAAGCAGCCGACACACCAGACUGUGACUGCGUGAAGAAGAGCUUCUUGUGGGUUAAAGAACUAUGGAGUCUCUGAAAGUCAACAAGAAGAACUGUUCUUCUAGAAGUCUCUGGUUCUUCUCCCUGGUCUCUGGUUCGGCUUCCUGGUAUCCUGAGGUCCAGGAGGAGGAUCUGCUGAUGCUUUGGAUUCAGCAGAUCCUCCUUAAGUUUUAUUUUAAUUGUAAGAUUACUGUCAGCGAAAACUAAAUGUUGGUUCAGGCCAACCUGGCAACCCGUCUUCAUUAAGGCUUUUUAUUCAUGUUUCAUUAUUCAUGAGAUGUUUAAUGUGUUAUGAGUUUAUAUUUGGAUGCUUUUAAUAGAGGUAUAUCUAUAUCUAAAAAGAUCUCGGAUAUAUAUAUGUAUAUUUAUAUAUGUAUAUAACACUAUAUAUAUAUAUAUAUAUAUAGUGUUUUCCUGUAACUGUGCCAUGUUAAUCCCAAAGAGGAAGAGCUCUGAUUGUUCCCAUGAUGCAACAGAAGCAUUCAACAAUCCGCUCAGCUGACCUUAUUGGUGGUCACAUGGUAGCUGUAGACAUUGGUGCUGUAUUAAUUAGUAGCUCGUCAGGAGCAGAGGUGAAUGUUUUAAAGUUGGGCAGGAAGCUGCCAUGUUCACUUCCUGUGGGUUCCCUGACAUACGGAGGGAGAAGGUCGCCCUCAUCUGGUCCCUGAGACCUGGUCCUGGAGGUCAGCACAGACAGGUUCUUCUGGGACACGUUUGCUCUUCUUCUUUGGUGUCUUGUUAGAUAGCUGGAGGAACAACAAGGAGCUCAAUGUUUCCUCAUCACAGGGUCAAAUAAAUCUGUUUGAAUCUGCUCAUGUGGACGGAUGCAAACAUUGUAACACAAACUGCAAAGCAAUAAAUGACCAUGAACACG